UCCUCUCUCACUCCAGGGGGAGGCCGUUCGGCUCCCCAUUCUCACCCUCACUCUACACACUGGAAUACAGAAGACCCCGCCCCCGGCUGGUUGAAGCCCCGCCCCGUCCCCUGUACUCGUCCUCCCCCUCCCUUGCAGCGUCACGUGAUGUUUUCGCCGUGGUGCCGCUGAGGCAGCUUGUGUGAGUGAAAGUAGCAGAGCCCGGCGCGUUGCGACCGGCCGGGAGCGGGUGAGCGAGGGGCGAGCGUUGGAGUCACUGGCGAGCUCGUGUGCGGAGCGGAACCCUCCGGCGCCUCAUGUCCAGCCGGGCUUGGAGGACGCUUCCCUUGUGAGGGCGGAUUCCCCCCUACCCCAGCUCUCUGGCCCCUAAGAUGGCGAGUGGGAUGAAUGGCCCGGGCGGAGGAGGUGGUAGCACCGCGGUCAGGGGCGCCGAGGCGGAGCUGGGCACCCGGAGCGUUGGAGGAGGGGUCGCCCCCUGCCACGGGGCUGGAGUGCCUAGGACUGCUACUACGGCUGAGGAGCAGCAGGAGCUGGGCGAGAGCGGCCCCUACCCGCCCACUCAGCCCCACCACCUGCUGCUGCUGCUGAAAAGAUCGCCCAGCGCCUCCUUGUGCCUGGUGCAGGAGGAGGAGGUGCCCGCUGCUGCAGCUCCCACAGGGCGAGGGGCCCUCUCUGGUGGGCGAGGUGGCCAGCCAGCCACCCCAGCACGAGGAGCUCCUCUGCCAGCUGCUCCCUCCGUGGCUCCUGUGGGGGAUGAUGUGAGGAAAUGUGGCUACUUGAGGAAGCAGAAGCAUGGCCACAAGCGCUACUUUGUGCUGCGGGCCGAGAGCCACCUGGCCCCAGCGAGGCUUGAAUACUAUGACAGUGAGAAGAAGUUCAAGAGCAGCCUGAGGGCAGCGGCAGCUGCUAGUGGGUCUGCCAUCCUCUGCUGCCCCCCUCCCAAGCGAGUGAUCCCCCUGUACCAGUGCUUCACAGUCAGCCGGAGGGCAGAUGCCAAGCAUAAGUACAUCAUUGCCCUUUAUACCAAGGAUGAAUACUUUGCCAUGUUGGCUGAGAAUGAGGUGGAGCAGGAGGCCUGGUACCAGGCGAUCAGUGAGCUCAUGAACCAGAGCAAGAGGGGGUUCUUAGAACAGGAGGACCAGACAGAUCAGCAGAUGGAUGAGGAUGAUGAGCAUUAUGGAGCUGCGCUUAGACCAGGCACCAUAUACAAGGAGGUGUGGCAGGUUAAUGUGAAGCCCAAGGGACUGGGGCAGACAAAGAACCUGACUGGGGUGUACAGGCUGUGCCUAUCUAGCAAGGCUAUCUACCUAGUCAAGCUGAAUUCAGAGGUACCUGCUGUCCACUUGCAGCUAAUGAACAUCCGCCGCUGUGGGCACUCAGAGAACUUCUUCUUUAUUGAGGUGGGCAGAUCUGCUUCCAUUGGGCCUGGUGAACUGUGGAUGCAAGUGGAUGAUUCAGUAGUUGCCCAGAAUAUGCAUGAGACCUUCCUAGAGACCAUGAAAGCUCUCAAGGCCUUCACAGAAUUCAGGCCCCGCAGCAAGAGCCAGUCAUCUGGUGGUGGCAGUGGUACCAAUCCUAUCUCCUUUAUCACCACUAGGAGGCAUCUGGGCAACCUGCCUCCUAGCCAGACUGGCUUGCAGAGAAGAUCCAGAACUGAGUGUGUUACUGGGGGGACUCCGCCCACCACCAAGAGUAGCAGUUCAUACCGCUUCAGAACAUCUAGUGAAGGGGAAGGGACGAUGACCAGACCUUUCAGAUCAGUGACUGGAAGUCUGAUCCAUUUGAACACUGCAAGGAUGAACUUGGGCCGGCAAGAAGGGAGUGGAAGGUAUGUCAGAGCAGCUUUCACCUCUUCUUAUCAUACCAGGUCUGCCUCCCUGCCAGUGUCUCAUUUCCCCUCCACCACCAGCCCCAUUAGUGUUUCUUCCAGUAGUGGCCAUGGCUCUGCCUCAGACACACUAACCAGGCCUUCCAGUUCAUCUGUCUGUGGGUCCCCAAGUGAUGGGGGCUUUAUUUCUUCUGAUGAAUAUGGCUCUAGCCCUGGGGAUUUCAGGUACUUUCGUGUCAGAAGUAAUACUCCAGAUUCUUUGGGAAACACACCACCAAUCAGAGAAGAGAAUUGUUUAAGUGAAUACAUGUCCAUGAAUAAACAGCAAACAGAUGAUAGCUCAAGGGAUGAUUAUAUGGAAGCUGAAAAAUGCUUCAGAAAAAGAACUUAUUCUCUGACUAAACCAACUUCUGCAACAGUGCAGCAGAAAACAACACAAACUACAGCUUCUUUAGAUGAAGAUUCUGCAGGAAGGCACAGACAGUUACCUUGUUCGGAAUCACCAAAAUUAAAAGAAAACCAUGAACCUGACUACAGUGAUGCUACCCUUGAUUCUGUAUGUAACCAAAGCAGAAGUAAAGCCAGGGAUGAUGGAUACAUGCCAAUGAUGCCAGGAGUUGCAUCUUCGCUCACAAGCAACAAUGAUUAUUUGCCAAUGACUCCUAAAAGUGUGUCUGUCCCAAAACAGAUUAGUAAUUCUUGGUCGUCAUCUCAGGUGGACUCCAGAGGAUAUAUGAUGAUGUUUCCCAGGGCUAGUUCUUCACCUGUACGAAGUCCAUUGGCUGGAUUUAUUUCUAAAGGGGGUAAUGAAAAGGUGACAAAUGAGUAUAUGGAUAUGUCACCUGGUAAUUCAGCAGUUCCAAAACAGCCCAGUGAUUCAAAUUGUAUUCCUACCAACACUGUUUCCAAAGGCAUCAGUUCAUAUUUCUCUCUGCCACGAAGCUUUAAGACGUUAUCAGGACAAAAUGGAGAUCAUAAUGAAUAUGUUCCAAUGUCCUCACCUGGAAAACUGUUAUAUGGUGAACAUGAAAAUGUCAAAUGUGUCAACAGUGAACCAUUAGCUAAUGGCAUUUCUAAAUCAUCAGUUGUGAAAGUGUCAGAUGAAGGCCUUGCACAGAACAGGGCUACCAGGCCUACAAGACUUCCCCUAGGUACAAGAGGAAGUAAUACUAUACCAAGAAUGUAUGAUCGAACAGCUCCACCUGAGCCAGCUAGCCCUGGUGAAUACAUAAAUAUUGAUUUCAGUGAAAAAGCAAGUAAUACACCAUAUUCUUUAUCUGCAGAAGGAUCUCCAUCAUCUCUAGGAUCAAGUAGUGACCACAGACAGUCACCACUUUCUGAUUACAUGAGUGUUGACCUUGAUGUGCAGUCACCAAAAGUAGCAAAGGAACUGUCAAAUUCUUUAACAGAUAUUUCAAUUUAUGCAAGUUCCAGUAUCCCCAGAAACCAGCCAAAUGAUUAUGCUAGACUUUCAUUUGAUACUGCUUGUAUUAGCAGUACAAGUAGUAGGGCUGAUGAUUACACAGAGAUGACUUUCAACAUGGCAACGACACCACUUAGGCCUUUUACCGCAGAAUCCAGCAAUGGUAUAAAGAUUGAUAGUCCUCCUUCCAUUGUAAAUCGACUGUGCGUUGUUGACAGAUAUUCAGGUAGCGGUAGCUUCUCUGUUCCUAGCUCUGAUCCUCCCAUGGGACCUAAGGUGAUUCGAGCUGACCCACAAGGCCGAAGAAGGCAUAGUUCUGAAACAUUCUCUUCUGCUGGGGCUGUGACUACUUCCUCUUCUUUCUUUACUGAUAGUAGCAAAAGACACAGCUCUGCCUCAUUUGACAAUGUUUGGUUGAAACCUGACGAAAACAUUUCUGAUGGUCAUGAAAGCAAGAUGUCCAGGGAUACCUCAACUGGAUUUCAGAAUGGCUUAAACUACAUAGCUUUGAAUUUACGUGAUGAUUCUAUGAACUGUGAGGCAAGCACUAAUACACCAACUUGCCAUCUCCAAAAUGGUACUUCGAAUUUGGACAGUGGAGCUUAUGUAAGCAUAGAUUUCACCAGAUCUGAUGGUUUGAAGUGUAACUCUGCAAGAAAAGACUGACUGCAUUGCCAUGGAAACCAUUGUUAGAAGAGGCGGCUUUUCUACUGGUAUCUCCAGAAACUGUGUGGUGCUUUUGGAAGCAGAGCUCAACUCCAGCCGGCUACUUUCACUUCCACCAGCACAGACGUACACACAUCAUUGUCAUGAUUUUUGCUUAGACAUCCGCUGUCUAUAGUUGAGUUAAUUUGAAUUAAGAUUUUUCAUAGCUGUGUUUUGGUGAUGGAAUUUGUUUUUCCGCAGCACAUUUGUUUGAGAGGCAUUGGGAAUGCUGCAGAGGGGAUUCCUACAACUUCCUUUUUACUUCUCUCUGCCUCUCCCCCUAAUUUGUUUUUAUUUAUAUUGAGAAGUCAAAGCUGGUGGCUGAUAGUCUAUUUAAUAUGGGUUUUGUUUCUCUGGUACGUUAGCUUAAACAUGUAUUGCUUAGAAAUAUUUUGGCAGGUCAGAAAUUUUUUUUUUGAGAGGGCUGAGAGAGAACCACGUAACUGAACCUAAAUCUGUGAUGGACAUACCUCUUUGAUAUUUUGCUUUAUAGUAUAGGAGGUGGUUUUUGAUCACAGAGCUUAGUAUUUUUAAUUGUAUGUCAGAGCUUAAACUGAAGUUUGUUGCUCAGAAUUCUGAUAUGUAUAAGGUAAGAUUAAAGGGCUGGUUGUCUUGUUGAUUACAUGUAAAUUAUCCUGGUCCAUUUGUUUAUAAACAUGUAUAAAAUAUAAAUUGAGGUUUCCAUUCAUGCACUCAAAUGGGAAAGUGCAGGGUCUUUUACAACUUUGACUUCUGCUCUACAAUAUUGAUGUGUGCUGUAGCUUUUUAGAGAGAAACCACCCUACCUGAUCUUACUUUCAUCCAAAGCCCUCUUUUAAUUUGGGACCAUUUUUUUUUUUUUUGCAUAAUGAGAAAGUAAAUAAUUGGGUUAUCACUUAAUGCAUUCUGCCUAAAGAAAAAUUGCAAACCAUGAUUAUUUCAAAUUAAAAAUAAAUUGUAGAAAAUUAGAGCUAGGCGCGUCACUCUUACUGAUUUUGGUUCAAAUCAGUUUAGGCUUUUAACACUGCUAUAACCUUUAAAAGCAUGACACUAGUUGUUGGAACAUAUAAUGUAUAAUAAUAAAAGGCACUGACUUGAUGAGGGGUUUAAAAGUGGUACACAAAUCCUCAUGCUGUACUGCACCACACAGCUGGUAAUCCUCUACAUUGUAUAUUGUACAAGUGUUUUGUAGGGCUGCCUCACAUGACAUACAACCUUUAAAAUACUAGUACAGUUUGUAUAACAAAUUAGAUGCUGUCAGUUUUGAUGUUGAGUGAUGUGUACCUAAAUCUAUUUUUGAGUAGUCUUAAAAUGUACAUGUCACAAAAUUAUAAAGACCUUUUUGCAAACUUAAUAUAAGUUUACAAACUAACAGGAAAGAAAUACUCGCUGCAGAGUUUAAAAGCACAGCUGUGUUCUUGAAUCUGGAAGAGAAGUUAGUCAGUACAGUUACUAGUUGCUGCUAAACAUACUUUGAUAAUUCAUUUAAAAAAUAUUACCACUUCUAUAGACCAUGACACUGUCUUGCCAUACAGUUUUUGUUUGGGCGUAGUAAAUUAAUAAGGCAAUAUGUAGACAGUCAUUUUAAAGCUUUUUUUUUCUUCCAAACAAAUUGAAAUUUGGAUGAUAGUUCAGAACAUCUAUUAGGAAAAGAAAAGGUUGUGUUGAAAAAAUUGAACAUGUUACAUACCUUAUUUAUAUAUUAGGUCCUGAGGCUGCCAUUGUACAAUAUACAGCACUGAUUUAAUAAAUGCUGAAUAAAUAACUAAAUGGGUAACCUCAAAUAUAGUGGUACAAAUACUAACAGGUACAGCAUAAUAAAUAUGCAAUCUUUUUGAAUCUUAGUUUACAGCCACUAAUUUAUUCAGUAUUGUGCUGGAAGAACACUUUCACAAUAUGUAAAACAUAUCACUACGUAUACUACCUUCCAGCUACCCGUUUAUGCUGCUGUAUAGUACAAAAAUACCAAUGAUGGAACAAUGUUUGUCCUGUAAAUUUAAUUCGAUAUUGGACAGUUAUUGUCUGUACAAACUAAAACGUCUAUGGUUGAAACUGUUCAUUAUAUUUGCUAUUUCUGCUUCAGCCCUGUUUAAAAGUUGAGCUGAUUAAUCUGGCUUUGUCUUCCAUUGUAAAUAUUGUUACAUUGUUUUCUUUGUAAAACAUAUCGCACUUGCGGUUUUGGGAGACUGGCUUGAAGCUCUGUAUAGUGUUUAUAUUUAUCUGACUUGGCUUUCCAUAGAGCUACUCGCAGUAAAUGUGUUCAUGUA